ACGCUAUUUUAAUGUUGUAGACAUAUUGUGUUGUAAUUCAGGAUGGAAAAAAGAAAUAAGAAAGACAGUAGCUAUGGGAGAGUUAUGUCGCGGGUUAUUAAUAGGUCUCGGGAAAAUUUGAAGGCUGUUUCAACGGUAACAAGACAUGAAGCUCCGACAGCUACGCAACUUGGCGCGAAACCGAGUUCUUCAAAUAUUAGUCGGGGUGCUUAUCGUGAAUUACCUACAGUUCUUAAAGACUAUGUUCCUGAGUUAUCAAUUAAUAAAUCAAGGAAGUCGGAUGUUCGGGUCAAACCAAAGAAAACGUUGGAAUCAUUAGACCCCGCUACAUCACCUCUUUCUAAAAUUAAAUCAAGCGAUUUGCAAAAUAGGAGCCGACGAAUCCGCGGCUCUGCUCCGUCUUUAGUAAACCCCAAUCAAAUCUUGUGGUCGGAUUCUCACUAUCGCCAGUGUCUAUCUAGUAGGUCUCAUACUAAGUUAAAGGAGUUAAAGGAUGAAAUUAAGGAGUUUGAAGAGAAGGAGAAGUUGUUGAAGAUUCGGAGCCAUUUGUAUAAAAAGUGUGGAAUUGUGUUAAAUGAUGCAGGCCAGGUGUCGGCAGACAAGGCUGUUCAAGUGCAGGAUAUCGGUGAUCCCGGUGACGUAAGAGCGCGGAGCGUCGAGGAGGACCCCCGAGCCGCUGUGUCUCACCAACAGGUGAGGUCCGCCCGCGACAACUACCCAGUCGAUCGAUAUUUGGUUGAAAGCAGCAAAACAAUUGAAAAGGUUAGCAUUAUAGACAACGACAUUUGGAACCCGGAACCCAUGAUGAGGCCCGAAGAUGAACUGAUACUCAGAAAGCUGCACGACAUGCUGCGGACCACCGCGGACGACCUCAAGUCGCUCUCCGGGGAACUGGCCAAACAUCACGAGCCCGGGGACAGACUGGUCAACUCGCUGCCCACUCCGCUGGAUGAAGAAUAUAAUGAAAGAAUUCGGAUACAAGAAAUAGUGAAUGCCAAAUUUCAUGGGUACAAAUUAGUAAAUAGCACACCGUCUGCUCCUAAAAUUUUGCAAAAAGAUCUUCUAAAGGAAGCUAUCGAAGCAAAUGCUAGUAAAUCUAAAACGAAACUUGUGGACACCAGUGUUCAAGUCAAAUUUACGCCGACUCUCAAAAAGCAGACAGUUAAAAAGAAAUUAGGAAUAUCACGGACGGAAACUCUUCAAAUUGACGGGAAGCCUAAAGACGAAAUUAAAAGCAGCUUUAAACAAAACAGGACACUUAGAAAUAGCCUUUCAUCGGUCGCCUACAAUGAAUUAACACAUCACGUCGAACCGAAGAUAACGACUUCAUCAUCACAAAAAGCUUUACAAAUACAAGAAAUGCCCAGCAUCAAUAUUAGAAGCGAGCUAACAACGCAAAAAGUUUUACAAUUAGAUAUUUACCCUGACACUGAAGAAAUCCCAAGCCACGCUCGCCAAAAUAAUGCUUUGGUCGUAACAAUGCAACACGAGCCGGAGCCAACUCUGAGAUGUGAUAGGAAAAAUACUUUUGUUCACGUUCCCCGAACAUCAACUGCAACACAACAAAUAUACGAUCAACCCGCUGUAAGAAAAGUGUCCAAAAUGUCGCCUCACGAGAGCGGUGACUCUACGAAUAAUAUAAACACUUAUUUACGACGUAGAGAAGCUCGCCGGAGACAGGUUCAGACAACGCCUGAAACAGAAACCGACGCACAGGAAAAAAGUAAAAAUAAUAACCUAAAAAAGGCAUCGAGAAGAAGAGACACGCGCUUAGAUGAGUGGAAGACGAAACUUAAUGCUGUUUAUGGUAAAACGAAAGGUGCCUACAAAGCUAAGAAACCUCAGGCCUGCGACAAAAACGUCGCUAACGAGAGCGUGUCGCCGAGGGGAUCCCUGAAGACGGAAUAUAUACCCUACUCAAAACUCACACUGGGCGGAGUCAACGUCCGCGACAUCGAAAAGAAAAUAUGUAACGUUCCCGACAAAAAUAUUAUCAUAAGCCCAAUUUUGGACAAAAUUCUAAGUCGGGAGAACUCAUUUCAUAACGAGAGUCCUCGGGUGAUCAAAACCAACAAAAUCCUUACUUCCUCGGAUGAAAACUUACUGCAAGAAGUUAUUGAUAUCGAAAGUCAGGUCACAAGCACACUUUCCAAAGAAAUAAAUACUCAAAAAUCAGAAAAUGGGGAAAAUAUAGCGAAGGAUAACAUGGACAGUGAUGUUUAUGAAGAAGAUUUUGAAGAUAAAACAGAAGAAGAAAGGAGUGAAGCAAACGAACCGGCUUCAGCGCAGGAACAGGCGUCCAACAACAAGACCAAGGACGAGGAGCUCAACAACUCCGAUGAAACGUCGCACAACAAAACAUACACGAAAACUAUUAACUUAUCAUUCAAGAGUUCGGUGGACGUGCUCGAGUACGUUCAUUCCGUCGAUACGCAGGACAUCGGCACGCAGAGCAACGGCUCGGGCAAGAUAGCGCCCAAAGAAACCCAGACCUCGCCGCGGACCGCCCGGGCGGACCUGCGGCCCAUCCACAACGACCUGUGGCCCACGAUCGACCCUCACAACGAGGUCGGAAGGUUGUUCGACCUAGAGAAAGACUUCAUCAAAAAGGUCAUUCUAGAGGAAUACAGCGACUUGUUUACAAAGAACACGAACAACCCGUCGACUUCUCGACGCGAACCUGACGAUGAUAGGAACACUGCUGCCUCCACCAAGAUCACACAGACGUCUCCAACGCACGUCAAGAGUGUGAUGACUUCGCCGACCAGGACUAAGACAAGAACCACUUCACCGUUCGCACUCUCAUUGAAAGUGGAUCAGCACACCAGUCCUUUGGCCGUCGUGUGUCGAGAAGAACACCUCAAGCUGCAGAUGGGUGACGAGGAGCUCGAUAUCUCAGUGAACCUGUCGUCGCCUCGGUUUAGUCUGCGGCUGCCGCGGCCCUCGACGGAGUCGCUCCCAAACACUGAACGAAACGAAAAGGAACCCGAGAAAAUAUAUGCCAAGAAAAAUAUUCCCAGCAGCUCCAGUUCGGCGAUCGAAGACUACUCGUCGGACGUGUCUAGCUUUGGUGAAAUAAGCCACAAGUUUAAACGAAGGCUCAGGAAAAGCAGGAUUCCUUCGAUAUCGGAAAUGAGUUCGGCUUCUUCGAUGUCGAGCCGCAGCUCGGCGGCGCCGCCUCUCAGGAGCGAGGGAGAGCUUAGUCUUGGACAAAUCAUAAAAAGAAAAGGAAAGAACAGCAGAAGCGAAGGGGAAAUGAGUCUGGGACGACUCUAGCCGAUGCUUGGUUGUUGUUGAACGUUGACCUACUUCUAAUUUUCGGUGCCUUAUUUAUUUGCUUAGCGAAUAGACCCUCGUGCGUCGUCGCUGCUGACUCACCUCAAGUACAAAUCGGUUUCGCAGUUUUGCUUGUGAUACAUAAUUAUAAAGUAUAUUUAAGGAUAGCGUAGCCGGAUAACGAUAUUUUAAUAUGCCAUGUAGCACGUAACGUUUAGGAGAAUAUUUUGCUGUAUGACUGAAUUAAAUAACUGUUACAGA